GGAGAUUCGACCAUUCAAGACACCGGAAAUCCUAGCCCGGUCGACUCUUUCUCUUAACCAAAAAUUGUCAACAACAUAACGAAUUCAACUAAUUUCAUUCCCUUCGAAAUUCUGCUCGCCGGUUGCCUCGCUUUUCCCCCAUGAUUCCCCUGAACGCAGCCACCCUCGAGUCUCCCGUCUCCCCGCCCUCUGUCCCCUCCUACCUCGAGAAGGGUAGACUCUAGGAACGACGAGUACGACAAAGACCGCCUUCAGCAAUGCCCAACACCAGCCUCCGUCGCCCGCAGAAGGGCUAUAGGCGUGGCGGCGGCAAAGUAGCCUACCAUGGCCGUUCCACCCGCACCCGCACAUUCGAGGCCUCAUCCCGUGCCGAGGGUACGUCCGCGGACGAGAAGUGGGAACGCACACGCCUUGCACACACCAUCGAUGAGGCCAUGGGGUUUGCCCGCCACGAAGGCGGGGGUCGUCGUCGCGACGGCUGGCUCGUCAACGUGCAGCCCACCUCGGUCGAGGACGAACGAAACCCGGGCGGCCGCGCUGCUCUCGACUGCUACUUCAUCGAUGACGACGGCACCACAUUCAAAGCUACGGUCGAGCACGAGCCAUACUUCCUCGUUGCUACUAAGAAGGGCCGCGAGACCGAGGUUGAGGAGUGGCUGAAGCGCGUUCCUGGCGGGGGUUGCGUCAAGUCCGUCAGGAGGGUGGAGAAGGAGGAUCUCAACAUGCCGAAUCACCUCAUGGGCUACCGGAGGACAUUUAUCGAGCUGCGGUUUCAAAACGUUACCGACCUGAUGGCCGCGAGGAGGGAGAUCAUGCCCAUUGCAGAGAAGAAUAGGAAGAAUGUGGAUGCUAUGGAGACGUAUGCCGAGGUUUCCAUGGCCACCGGGGACUUUGACCUUUUUGACGACAUACCAGAUGACGAUAGACGAGCGAAUGCUUCUUUUGCCGACGCCAGUGACUACAUUGUUGACAUCAGAGAGUAUGAUGUCCCGUACCACGUGCGAGUAAUGAUUGACUUGGAUAUAAGAGUAGGAAAAUGGUACUUCGUCGAGGUGAAGCACGGUAUUACCAAGAUCAUCGAGAACACAGAGCGAUUAGCCAUGGCGGAUCCCGUCGUCCUCGCUUUCGAUAUUGAGACGACAAAGUCGCCGCUGAAGUUCCCCGACCAGGCUACUGACCAAAUCAUGAUGAUUUCAUACAUGAUUGACGGGCAGGGCUUCCUGAUUACCAACCGAGAGAUCGUGUCAGAAGACAUUGCCGACUUUGAUUACACGCCGAAGCCCGAGUACCCCGGUUCUUUCAUGAUAUUUAACGAACCCGACGAGAAGAUGGUCAUCGAGAGGUUCUUCGAGCACAUCAAGGAAGCCAGGCCUACCGUCAUUGCGACCUACAACGGCGACUUCUUCGACUGGCCCUUUGUCGAAGCCCGUGCUAGUGUCAACGGCAUCGACAUGUAUCAAGAGAUUGGGUGGAGGAAAAACAGCGAGGAUCAGUACCAAUGCAGUUACGGCAUUCACAUGGACUGCUUCCACUGGGUCAACCGAGACUCUUACCUUCCACAAGGAUCUCGUGGUCUCAAGGCUGUGACUGUCGCGAAGCUCGGAUACGACCCGGACGAGCUUGACCCCGAACUGAUGACGCCCUACGCCUCCGAGCGACCCCAGACUCUUGCCGAGUACUCCGUCUCUGACGCCGUGGCGACCUACUACCUGUACAUGAAAUACGUCCACCCUUUCAUCUUCUCCCUGUGUACGAUCCUGCCGCUGGGCGGCGACGACACGCUGAGAAAGGGUACGGGCACGCUCUGCGAGAUGCUGCUCAUGGUCCAGGCGUACAAGAAGGAGAUCAUCUUGCCAAACAAACACAUUUCCCCCAGGGAGGCGUUUUGGGACGGCCAUCUGCUGGAAUCAGAGACGUACGUGGGAGGCCACGUGGAGUGUCUCGAGGCUGGCGUAUUUCGCGCAGACAUCCCGGUCAAUUUUGCGGUGGAGCCAGACGCCGUGGACGAGCUGCUCCGAGAUCUGGAUGCCGCCCUCCGGUUCACAAUUACCGUGGAGGAAAAGAAGUCGAUGGAGGAUGUCGAGAAUUACGAGGAGGUCAGGGAACAGAUCGCAGCCAGGCUACGGUCCUUGAAGGAGACGCCGAACCGGCUCGAGCGGCCACUCAUAUACCACGUCGACGUCGCGUCCAUGUACCCGAACAUCAUGACGACCAAUCGUCUGCAGCCCGACUCGAUGGUCCAGGAGUCAGACUGUGCUGCGUGCGACUUCAACCGGCCCGGCAAGACGUGCGACCGUCGGCUGCCGUGGGCGUGGCGAGGCGAAUACAUUCCGGCCAAGAGAGACGAGUACAACAUGAUUCGGCACGCCCUCGAGAACGAGAAAUUCCCCGGGAAAUACCCCAAUGCGCCCAUGCGGAUGUUCCAAGAACUACCCCUGGACGAGCAGGCCAGUCUGGUCAAGAAGCGGCUGCAGCUGUACUCACAGAAAAUCUAUCACAAGAUCCGCGACUCCACGACUAUCGUCAAGGAGGCCAUCAUCUGCCAACGGGAGAAUCCGUUCUACGUCAAUACCGUACGCGACUUCCGUGACCGUCGGUAUGAUUACAAGGGAGAAGUAAAAGUCUGGAAAGGGAAGACGGACGCGCUGAAAAACUCUGGCGCGUCUGCUUCCGAGGUGGAGGGGGCCAAGAAGAUGAUUGUCCUGUUCGACUCGCUACAGCUGGCGCACAAGGUCAUUCUCAACUCCUUCUACGGCUAUGUCAUGCGAAAGGGGUCUCGCUGGUACUCGCUCGAGAUGGCCGGGGUGACCUGCUUGACGGGAGCAACGAUCAUUCAGCUGGCUCGUGGGUUGGUGGAACGACUGGGACGCCCCCUGGAGCUCGACACCGAUGGUAUCUGGUGUAUGCUGCCGGCCACCUUCCCGGAGAACUUUGCCUUCGAGAUGAAGAACGGAAAGAAGCUCGCUAUCUCUUACCCCUGUGUCAUGCUGAACCAUCUGGUCCACGCUCGGUUCACAAACGAUCAAUACCAGACUCUCGUCGACCCCCAAACACUGAAAUACGACACGCACAGCGACAAUUCCAUCUUCUUCGAAGUCGACGGUCCGUACAAGGCCAUGAUUAUCCCCACGUCCAAGGAAGAGGACAAGAACUUGAAGAAGCGGUACGCGGUGUUCAACGACGACGGCAGCCUGGCUGAACUCAAAGGCUUCGAGGUCAAGCGUCGAGGUGAGCUGAAGCUCAUCAAGACCUUCCAGCAACAGAUCUUCAGGUUCUUCCUGGAAGGAGAGACGCUGGCCGAAUGCUAUGCCGCCGUCGCCAAGGUGGCCAACCGAUGGAUCGACAUUUUGCAGAACAAGGGCGUGACGCUUGCCGACGAAGAACUGAUGGACCUGAUUUCCGAGAACCGAAACAUGUCCAAGACACUGGAGGAGUAUGGCGCACAAAAGUCGACAUCCAUUACCACCGCCAGGCGUCUAGCGGACUUUUUGGGCGAGCAGAUGGUCAAGGAUAAAGGACUGAACUGCAAGUUCAUCAUCUGUGCGAGACCCAAGAGCGCGCCCGUUACGGAGAGAGCCGUGCCCGUCGCCAUCUUUUCAGCGGAAGAAGAGACAAAACGGGCAUAUCUGAAGAAGUGGCUGAAGGAGGAGCCUUUGAGCACGGAUCCAAGGGACCUCCUCGACUGGGACUAUUAUAUGGAGCGUCUGGGCUCCGUGAUUCAGAAGCUCAUCUCGAUCCCGGCGGCUUUGCAGAAAGUCCGCAACCCCGUGCCGCGAAUUCCUCAUCCGGACUGGCUCCAGCGCAGGAUCAACAUCAAGGACGACAAGAUGAAGCAGAAGAAGCUGACAGAUCUCUUCGGCAAAGGACCGCUGGAAGAUAUAACCAACCGGAACAAACGCGGACCGGAGGAUGUCGAAGACUUUGGCUCCAAGCUCUUGAAACCCAAGACGGUGGCUGCCAUGGUGGCAGCGUCUCAGCCUCCACCGACUGCGCAGAAGAGGAAGUCUCCUGAGCCCGCCGAGAAUAUCGACCCCUUCGCUGCCCUGCCUAAGGUGAUGCCUUCGCCGUCCGAGGACUACGGGGCCUUUCUCGAGUACCAGAAGCAAAAGUGGAAGAUCCAGAAGCAAGCUCGCACCAGGCGACGACAGCUUUUCGGUGACCGGCGGGGCAACCAGAGUAAUAUCCAGACGACGUUCAGGCAUCAGGCGCACAACACUUUCAUGAAUACGUGGCAGCUAUUGCAGUUGAAAGCGACGGAAACCCCGGGCGUCGUCCACGGGCAUGUCCUCAUCAACGCCAAGAUCCACACGGUCAAGAUCAAGGUGCCGCGGCAGGUGUUCUUGAACCUCAAGGGCAGGGAUAUGCCCGACGUCGAGAUUGAGGGCUGUGAGGUCGAGCAAGUCAACCAUACGCUCCCGAACGGACAUUCGUCGACCCACCUCUUCAAGCUGACGGUGGCGGAGGACGUUUACUUCCACGAAGCAGAGAAGUUUUCGGCGCUGUUCAACCACGCCAGCGUCGAGGGGGUGUACGAGAAGCACCUUCCACUCAACAUCCGCGCCGUGCUGCAGCUCGGCAACCUCUGCACGAUCGACCAGACGCAGCACGCUGUGCUGGGCAAGGGACUGGAGCAGGGCUUCGAUCUCAGUGGUCUGACGAGGCCCGAAAAGCCCAAAACCUACCUCGACGCCUCGCCUCUGGCGUACAUCUACAUCUCGCAUAUCACGGCGGGCGAGCGCCAGGUUUUCGGCAUUUUUUCCACGACGGGGAACCAAGCACAUAUCGUCAUCCUCCAGAAGAGCAGGGACUCGGGUCAAGACCUCCCUAACGUGUCCAAGAUUUACUCCGAACUGCUCAAGCGACGGGGCGAGGAGACGGAGGAAACGAACUGGCAGGACUGUUUCAAGUACCAGGACAAGCUCAACUUCAAGAUCACGCAGGUGACGACACGAAGGAAGAUGCACUUGGAGAUUGGCGACAUGGUGAAGCGACUGAGGAAGGACGAAGCGAGGCCGUUGAUGAUGGUGAUUCAGUCUUCGCAGCGUAACCUCCUCGUUUCCGACGUGCCGAUCCUGGGGGAGUUCCCGAUAUUGCCUCUCAAGUACGACCCGGCCGACAGCUCGUUGCCGCCCCUGGGGUGGCAGAACGUGGUGUCCAGACGGCUGGUCGGGCACUACCUCGGCCUGGGAUCCUGGAUCCUGCACCUCACGUCCCUGGCGCGGUACGGCGACGUGCCGCUGUGCAACCUGGAGAGGGAGGACCCGCGCUUCUUGAUCGACAUUGCGUAUGCCCGGCGGCUGCAGAACAACAAGGUCGUCCUGUGGUGGUCGGCGGCGCCCCAACCUGACCAUGCCGGCCACGAAAGGGACGACGUGACGGGCCCGCUCGAGACGGUGCAGAUGCCGUCUAUCAACAGGCCGGGCACUUUCUCGUCGGUGUGCAUCGACUUGGAAGUCAGGAACCUGGCGAUCAACACGAUCCUGACGUCUUCGCUGAUCAACGAACUCGAAGGGGCGGAUUCCGUCUCGUUCAACCCCGCGGGCGGCGGCGGCGGCGGCGACGCGGGUGCGGGUGGUGGCGAGGAGGUGAUCACGUCGGACAGCGCGUUCGCCAACGCGGGCGUACUGGUGCUUCGCGAGAUGGUGAAGAACUGGUGGCAGGAGGCGUGCAAGGGCAACACGAUGGCGGACGUCAUGGUGCAGCACCUGGUGCGGUGGGUGGAGAGCCCGGACUCGUUCCUGUACGACCGGGCGCUGCACUACUACGUGCAGAUGAUGUCGCGGAAGGCGUUCCAGCAGCUCAUGGCGGACUUUCGGCGCGUCGGGUCGCAGGUGGUGUUCGCCAACUCGAACCGGCUGCUGCUCCAGACCAGCAAGGCCGAGGUGGGCACGGCGUACGCGUACAGCCAGUACAUCAUCAAGUCGAUCAAGGGCAAGGCGCUGUUCCACUUCAUCGACCUGGAGAUCAAGGAGUACUGGGACUACCUCGCGUGGUACGACGAGUUCAACUACGGCGGCAAGGCGUGCCAGGAGGUGGUGGAGGCGGAGCGGCAGGGCCUCGACACGAUCAUGCACUGGCAGAUGGCGUCGUUCCUGCCCGUGCGGCUGCAGUCGGUGUUCCAGGAAUGGGUGGUCGAGUUUAUCGAGCUGAUGCACGGGCUGAAGCGUUCGGCGACGGAGGGAGGGGGAGGGCAGGAGGGGGGUCCGUCGUCAUCGACGCAGCGGCUGACGCAGCUCCCGCCGCAGAACCGCAAGGAACCGGCCGAAGGCGAGACGAUCAUCCUGGGCAAAGCGUUCGAGAAGCCCCUGAAGAAGGCGAUCGCGGGGCUCCUCAAGACGCAGAAGCGGGAGAUGCUCCACCCGGAACUGGCGGGCGACUAUUCCUUCCCCGUGCUCCCCGGGUCGCACCUGGCGUGGUACUCGGGCGGCGGGCCGGGGGCGGGCGGCGCAGGCACGGGACCGCUGCUGGAGCUGGUGAAAUCGCUGAUGCAGGUGCUCUCGCUGGACAAGAACAUCACGCUGGAGGCGAGGCUGCUGCGCAAGGAGCUGCUGGCGAUGUUCGAGGUGCGCGAGUUUAGCAAGACGGCGACGUUCCACAACCCGAGCGCGAGCUUGAAGCUGGCGCAGUUGAGCUGCGAGUCGUGCACGAUGGCGAGGGACAUGGAUUUCUGCCGCGACGCGGACCUGCUCCCCGACCCGCUGGCUGGUCCCUCCGAGGCGACAGGGGCGGGGGCGGGGACGAAGCCCUGGCGGUGCGGGUUCUGCGAGGCGGAGCAUGACCGUGUGGCGAUCGAGGAGAGGUUGGUGGCGCAGGUGGAAGGGUUCGUGGUGGAGUGGACGACGCAGGACCUCAAGUGCGCCAAGUGCCGGGCGUUGCGGUUGAAUGAGUUUAUGGAGCAUUGCGUGUGCAGCGGGAGCUGGGUGGAGAGCGUGAGUCGCGAGGAGAUUGUGCGUAGGCUGGCUGUCUAUGGCAAUGUGGCGCGGUUCUACGGGUUGAGGAUGCUGCGGGAGGUUGUUGAUGGGUUGCAGGCCGGGCUGUGAGGGUGGUGGGGAUCGGUCUCCUUUGUUUGUACGAAAGCUGGAUGAGGACACGAACAACGGAAAUCAGGAUGGAGAUUAGGGGCAGGCGUCUGGGUAUAUGGAAUAUGCUGAUAUAUAAUAACGCUUUUGGCUGAGUGGUGGUCGUGGUCAACCGCAACAUGGAAUGACAAGGGGCCGUGGUGUCGUGGUGUCGUGGGGAGCCAGCAUAGGUCAUGAGCCGCGCAUAAGAGUUGGGGAAUAUAUAUUUAGCUUCUCAACACUAUAUACAAUCGAAUUGUGGUUGACGACUUGGAAGUUGAGGG